UAAAUUAUUAUAAUAUAUUUAAAACAAAUAUGGAAAAGAAAAUAGAAAAAGAAAAGAGAAAAGGACACGCAUAUAUGCAAUGGAUUUCUGGUGUAGUAGCAAACUCGACUCUCUUCACAUAUGGGCUGCAGGCGGGCUGGCUGUCGCCCUCCGCCAAGGUCCUGCAGUCCAGCUCCUCGCCGACGGGCGCUCCGCUGUCGGACUCCACGCUGGGCUGGGUCGCCAGUCUCAUGCCCAUCACUGCCGCCUUCACUGUUCCGCUCUUUGCCUUUCUCGCUGACAGGAUUGGAAGAAAGAAAAGCAUAUUGCUUAUGACUGUGCCGCAAAUUGGAUGCUGGCUUCUGAAACUGUUCGCCACAAACUUGACAUACUUAAUCAUAGCCAGGAUAUGCUAUGGGCUCGCCGCUGCCGGCUGCUUCAGUGCGGUGCCCAUGUACAAUAAGGAGAUCGCCCAAGACAACAUUAGAGGUCGCAUGGGUUCUAUGCUGAUCUUUUUUCUCAAUUUAGGUAACAACAGUAUCUUGACAGUUUGA